AUGACGAGCUCGAGAACGUUUUGUCUACACUCAAAUGUCACUUUUCUCGGGUGCGCCCAUACUAUAUCUCACUCUCGACCCGAGAAACUGACAAAUGAGUGUAGAUAAAGCAUUUCUCGAGUUUGUCAUGCUACACGUGCUGAUUAACAAUCGAAUUACCUACUAGUGUAAGCCGAACUAAGAUUAUCUCGCUAUCAUAUCCACUAAAUGAGUUUUUGAUUUUCACACAUUAAA